AUAAAAUUACUUGCAUUAAUCUGAUCAUCCCAUUUCUGUAGCGAAUCAAUUACAGGAUGACGUCGUUUAAGUUGGAGAGUAGUGAAGAAAACAAAGAGUACGUAGUAAUGGGCACGGAAUUAGUCCCGAUUGAAUUCUUCAUGGAAGUCGACGAUGAUCAAGAAGAAGAAGAGGAAGAUGACGAUGAUCUUUUCGAAAUCGAUCUGAAUGUCGUAAAUUACAUCAAUCCGCCGGAUUAUUACUGGGAUUCCGUAUAUUUGAUGGGAAAAGCUACUACUCAUCAGGCUCUUCUGGCAAAUUGUCUGUUACCCAUUUCUGAUAUUUCAAGCGCAGUUCCGGCGGCCGCAAAACCACCGUCAUUAUGUGAUCAUCGUCAUCGUGCGAUAUUAAUGUCAUGGGCAUCAUGGCCGUCCGAUGCUUCUCUUUUUCGGAGCGAGUCAUCCAUGGCUGAAGAAGAAGUUGAAGAAGACGACGACUUCAUGGGCUUCUCCUCCUUCGAUUCUUUCGAAUUCCCGCAAUACAGAUUGGAAGCCAUCCGCGCGUGAUCCCAUAUCAAACAUUUAAGUUAAUACUACUAUUUACUAGUAUUAUUACAUUAAAAAUAUGUUUUUGAGAGAGUUUGUAUGAAUAGUUUCUCGAUCUCAUUCUUUCAAUAAUUUACAUCUAAGAUUAUAUUUUCGUAAAACCCAAAAAAAGAAAAAAAAAGAAGAAGAAACUAUAAUGAGCUUGAUACAUUAAAUUUUUAAACAAUCGAAUUCUAUGCAGUGAUCACAAGUUUGAUACAUAGUUUAUAAAUUAAUUAUCAUUAUUUAGCUCUGUAUAUUUUUAAAGCCGGUG